GGAGGAGGAGGAGGAGGAGGAGGAGGGAGGCGGUGGAGCAGCGCGAGGAGGAGGGAGGAUGAAUCCGGUGGAUGGAGGAGGAGAAGCGGGCCCGGACGGCCUGGCGACGGCAGGUUCGGGUAAAGCAGAGUGUGUUCGUGCGGUCGACGUCCUGACGGUGCUCAGAGAGAAAGUGGCCUUCGUGUCAGGUGGGCGGGACAAACGAGGCGGACCAAUCCUGACCUUCCCUGCCAGGACCAAUCAUGAUCGAAUAAAACAGGAGGACCUCAGCCGGCUGGUCACAUACCUGUCGACCAUACCCAGUGAGGACGUGCGAGCUCGUGGCUUCACCGUGGUGGUGGACAUGCGCGGCAGUAAGUGGGACAGCGUGAAGCCGGUGCUGCGGACGCUGCAGGAGUCGUUUUCCUCCAGCAUCCACACGGCGCUGCUCAUCAAACCCGACACCUUCUGGCAGAAACACAAGACCAACCUGGGCAGCGCCAAGCUCAGCUUCGAGACCAGCCUGGUGUCGGUGGAGGGUCUGUCCCGGCUCGUCGACCCCUCCCAGCUGACCUCUGACCUUGGCGGCUCGUUGGAGUACGACCACGUGGAGUGGACCGAGCUGCGUCUGGGUCUGGAGGAGUUCUCGGGGGCCGCCACGCAGCUGCUGGCCCAGCUGGAGCAGCUGGAGGUCGGGCUCAACCGCAUCCCCGAGCCCCAGGACGUCGACGAGGCCAGGAAACUCCUGGAGGAACACGGUCGUCUCCGUAACACCAUCGCCACGGCGCCGGUCGACGCCCUCGACCGAGAGGGGCGCAGUUUGCUCCAGCGUAUGCGUCUGGGGCCAGCGCAUGGCGACGCCUCUAACGAAGGCGGCGGCGGCGGCGGUAGCCACGGCAGCUGGCUGUCGGGCGGGGCGGACUUCCAGAGCGUGGCGCCCAAAGUCUCGUCUCUGCUGGACCGACUGCAGGCGGCUCGCAGCCACCUGCUGCAGAGCUGGAGCGACAGGAAGCUGCACCUGGACCAGGCGCUGCAGCUGCACCUGUUUGAACAGGACGCCACCAAGAUGUCAGAGUGGAUCGCCCACAGUAAAGAGCUGUUCACGCAGAGUCUGGCGGAGGUCGGCCAGAACCACCAGCACGCCCUCGACCUCCAGACACAACACCAGCACUUCACCGCCAACUGCAUGAACGGCAGUGUGAACGUGGACAGCGUGGUUACCGUGGCGGCGAGGCUCGCAGAGGCCGGUCACUACGGGGCGGAGCGGAUCGCCAUGGUGUCGUCACGGUUACAGGAAGACUGGAAGUCCCUGACGACGGCUCUGGAGGAACGCAGCAACACGCUUGCCAUGGCAACUGGCUUCCACCAGGGGGCAGAACAGUUUCUGCUCAAGGUGGAGGGUUGGGUUCAGGUGUGCUCUGAAGGGUCGUUGCCGUCGGCAACAGCAGAGCUGGAAGCUGCAAUAAAGAAACACCAGGAACUAAAUGAGGAGAUCUCUGCUAACUACACACAGGUCAGUGAGAGUGGUAAAGCCUUAUUGGACGUCCUCCAGCGUUGCCCAGCAACCGAAUCUGAUGACUCAGCAACCAAACCAGACUUCACCACGGCCACACAUGGCAUCAUGGGAGUUCUGCACCAGGUGAUGCAGGGUCAACAUGAGGUGGAGGGGGCGUGGCAGCACCGUAAGCUCCGCCUCCACCAACGCUUGCAGCUGUGCGUCUUUCAACAGGACGUUAGACAGGUGUUGGACUGGGUGGAGCAGCAUGGUGAGGUUUUCCUGAACAAACACAGCGGCGUGGGGAAGUCUCUGCACCGAGCGCGAGCUCUGCAGAAACGCCACGACGACUUCCAGCAGGUCGCACAGAACACUUACACUAAUGCAGAGAAGCUUCUGGAAGCAGCGGAUCAGCUGGCUCAGUCCGGAGAGUGUGAGGAGGAGGAGAUCUACCAGGCAGCCAGAGACCUGGAGCUUCGUAUGCAGGCGUUUAUCCAGCGGGUGGAACAGAGGAAGCUGCUGCUGGAUCUCGCUGUUUCUUUCUACACACACACCAAGGAGCUCUCAGUGUGGAUGGAGGGCCUCCAGAAGCAGCUCUCCUCAGAUCUCUGUGUUUGUCCCGACACUGUGGAGGCUCUGCAGACUCUCAUCAGCCAGCAGCAACAGCAGCAGGCCAACACACAGGAAGCUGCGAUGAGUGUCAUCCGGGAAGGAGAAGACCUCAUCCUGCAACUCAGGCCCCAGGGCAGCUCGGUGGCCCAUGUGGAGUCGGUGCUGCAGCAGCUGGAGGAAUCUCAUGUUCAGCUGGAGGAACUUUUCCACCAGAGGAAGAUCCGCCUGGAUGUUUACCUGCAGCUCCGCAUACUGCAGCAGUGCACGCUGGAGGUCACGGGGGAAAUGGACGCCUGGAAGCAGGACCUCCAGAAACAGUCCCAGGACUUCUCCACCGAGAAGCUAGCAUCACCGCGGCUAGCCGACGUAAACCGACAAGCUGCCCAGGAUAAGCUAGCACUGGGCCAGUCACGACUAGUGGAGGCUAGCCCUGAGGCGCUAACGCUAGCACAGCAACGCAUCCACAGGCACAUGGAGCGAAGGCUGGCUAUGAACAACAUGAUCUAUGAGGUCAUACAACAAGGUCAUGACCUUCAGCAGUACAUCAACGAGGUCCAAGCAUCAGGUAUUGAGCUGUCAGAGGCAGAUGGGGGUCUGUCCUCUCAGGUGGAGGAGCUGCAGCGCCUCCUGCAGGACAAACAGAAGGAACUGCAGCAGAUUGCAGAUCACACACACACACACCUGGAGCAGAACCUGCAGCUGAGACAUCUGCAGAGUCAGGUCAAACAGGUGCUGGGCUGGAUCUCAGAGGGCGAGGUCAUGUUGGCGUCCUGCAUGUUGAACUCCAGCUGUUUAUCUGAGGCAGAGCAACUGCAGAGGGAGCACGAGCGCCUCCAGCAGGCCAUAGAGGCGCUCCUCCAUGCUGACUCCCUGCAGAGGACUCAUCAGGUGGCGCUGGCUCUGCAGCAGAGAGCAGAGCUGCUGGUCAGGUCAGGUCACUAUGAUCCAGAUGCAGUGAGGUCUUGCGCCCAGACGGUGGCGCUCCACUGGCAGACGCUGAUGCUGAGGAUCGAGGACCGACUCAAACUGGUCAACGCCUCUGCUGCCUUCUACAGGACGUCCCAGCAGGUGUGUGGGGUCCUGGAGAGUCUGGAGCAGGAGUACCGCAGGGAGGAGGACUGGUGUGGCGGAGGAGACAGACAGCCAGAGCAGCUCCUGCCGCUCAUCAACAAACACAUGGAGCAGAAGGAGGCGUUUCUAAAGGCCUGCACUCUGGCCAGAAGAAACGCAGAGGUUUUCCUCAAGUACAUCCAUCGCAACAGCGUCACCAUGGCGAACAUCUCAGGCCACAGCGUCACCGUCUCCGGGGUAACCGAGGUCACCGGGCACUCCAGGGUCCCGGAGCAGCAAGUCAAAGGUAUCCUCAGCGAGCUGCUCCAGAGAGAAAACAGAGUUCUUCAUUUCUGGACGUUGAAGAAGCGUCGACUGGAUCAAUGUCAGCAGUACCUGAUGUUCCAGAGCCACGCCCAGCAGGCUAUGGAUUGGCUGCAGCAGUCAGGUGACCACUACCUGGCCACGCACACAUCACCGGGGGCAAAUAUGGCCGAGACUCAAGAGCUGUUGAACCAACACAGGGAGUUCUGUGUUUCUGCCAAGCAUACACAAGAGAAGGUUCACCUGCUGAUCCAGCUGGCUGAGAGCAUGCUGGCUAAAGGCCACGCCCACCGCACCGAGCUUCGCCGUUGCGUUUCCACCGUGGAUAAACGUUACCGCGACUUCACCGUCAGGAUGGGACAGUACCGCCACCUGCUGGAGACGGCGCUGGGAGGAUGCUCGCAGGACAACAAGGACCUGGAGCUGGAGCUGAUCCCCAACAGUCUGUCUGACUCCGACCCUGAGGUCAACCUGUCCGACCCCAGCCACCAGGUCAGCGACGAGAAGAGACGCUCCGCCCGCAAGAAAGAGUACAUCAUGGCUGAGCUGCUUCAAACAGAGAGAGUCUACGUCAGAGAUCUGCAGGAGUGUAUCGAGACGUACCUGUGGGAGAUGACGAGCGGCUCAGAGGACGUCCCUCCUGGUCUCACCAACAAGGACGACAUCGUGUUCGGGAACAUCCAGGACAUCUACGAGUUCCACAACAGUAUUUUCCUGAAGGAGCUGGAAAACUACGAACAGCUUCCUGAAGACGUCGGACACUGUUUUGUUACCUGGGCCGAUAAGUUUCACAUGUACGUGACGUACUGCAGAAAUAAACCGGACUCCAGUUUACUGAUCCAACAACACGGCGUGGGAUUCUUUGAGGAGGUCCAGAGGAGACACGGUCUAGCCAACUCCAUCUCCUCAGCUCUCAUCAAGCCGGUUCAGAGGAUCACCAAAUACCAGCUGCUGCUCAAGGAGUUGUUGGCUUGCUGCGAAGAGGGCAAAGGUGAGAUUAAAGAAGGCCUGGAUGUGAUGCUGAGCGUCCCAAAGAGAGCGAAUGAUGCUAUGCACGUUAGCAUGUUGGAAGGUCUGGAGGAGGGUCUGGAGGUCCAGGGCGAGCUCCUCCUCCAGGACUCCUUCCUGGUUUGGGAGCCGAAGUCUCUGAUCAGGAAGGGACGGGACAGACACCUCUUCCUGUUCGAGCUGUCACUCAUCUUCAGCAAGGAGAUCAAAGACUCGUCCGGACGAACCAAAUACCUCUACAAGAGCAGACUGAGGACCUCAGAGCUCGGUGUGACAGAGCACAUCGAGGGGGAUCCCUGUAAGUUUGCUCUGUGGGUCGGACGAACGCCGACGUCCGACAACAAGACGGUGCUGAAGGCCUCGUCGCUGGAGCUGAAGCAGGAGUGGGUCCGCAGUAUUCGUCAGGUGAUCCAGGAGAGGCGGGGUCACCUGCGGGGAGCACUGAGGGAGCCCAUCCCCCUCCCCAAGACACCCAACCCCACCCUGGGUCGACAGCGCAGCAUCACCCGCAGGGAGACCAGCGAGGAUGCAGACAGUCUGGGUGAUGCCAGCAGUCAACCCGACACCGUCUCCAUCGCCUCCAGAACAUCGCAAAACACCGCAGACAGCGACAAGCUGUCAGGAGGCUGCGAGUUAGUGGUGGUGUUGUUGGAUUUCUCCUCCGGUGGACCAGGAGAGCUCAGCGUUCGCUGUGGUCAGACCGUGGAGCUGGUGGAGCGCUCAGCCGAAAGACCCGGGUGGUGUCUGGUCAGAACGACAGAUCAAACGCCCCAACAGGAGGGUUUACUCCCGAUGAGCGCCCUCUGUCUGUCACACUCCCACAGUGCAGCCGACAUGGAGGGGCUCAUCCCGGCAUCCACCUCCUCCAGCACCUCGUCUACCUGCACCACCACCUCUUCCUCCUGCAACUCCUCCACCACCACCACCUCCUCCAACGCCUCCAACUCCUCCUCUACCAUGUGCGCUGGGAAGGACUCCAGUCUCUACGGCUCUGAAGCUUCGGGGCUUCACACUCAGACGACCAGUGCCACCUCCCCCACAGUGUAUGGGUUAGGCGGAGCUCCAGGGGGCGCCGUCGGCUCUCCGGGGCCCAAGCGCAGCGGCUCUGGAACCGGAAACACCCUGAAGCGUUGGCUGACGAGUCCUGUUCGGAGGCUGAGUCAAGGUAAAGCUGACGGACAGAAGAAACCGCCAAUCAGAACCAGGAGGCGGGACAACAGGCCGGAGCUGACCACACCCCUCACUGGCAAUGCUCAGACGAAGGCGAGGAAGGAGGAGGGCGGGCAGAGUGGAGGGGAGGAGGAGCCAGAGGAAGAAAGCCACACCCCUCUACCACCUCCCAUGCAGAUCAUCAAAGACCCCAACAACCCCGAGGCUUUGGACUCAGAUCAGGGCUCCAACGAAUCAGACACCGAACACAGGAGCAAAGCACUGAGAGGACGCAUGUUUGUGGUUAACGAGAUGGUCCAAUCAGAGAAGGACUAUGUGAAAGACCUGGGUGUGAUCGUAGAGGGCUUCAUGUCCAGGUUGGAGGUCAGAGGGAUUCCCGAGGACAUGAGAGGGAAAGACAAAAUCGUCUUCGGCAACAUCCAGCAGAUCUAUGACUGGCACCGCGAUUUCUUCCUGGUGGAGUUGGAGCGUUGUAUUCAGAAUCACGACCUGCUGGCCGACCUCUUCAUCCGACACGAGCGUCGUCUCCACAUGUACGUGGUUUACUGUCAGAACAAGCCGAGGUCAGAGUUCAUCGUCAUCGAGUACGAGAACUUCUUCGAGGAAAUCCAGCACGAGAUCAGCUGCAGGAUGUCGAUCAGUGAUUAUCUGAUCAAACCAAUCCAGAGAAUCACCAAGUACCAGCUGCUGCUCAAGGAUUUUCUCAAGUAUACGUCCAAAGCAGGACUGGACUGUGAGGAGAUCGAGAAAGCGGUGGAGCUGAUGUCAUUGGUUCCAAAGCGCUGCAACGACAUGAUGAACCUGGGACGGUUGCAGGGAUACGAGGGGAAGUUGACGUCUCAGGGGAAGCUGCUGCAGCAGGAGACCUUCUGUGUGUGGGAGCAGGACGGAGGAGUUUUGUCUCGCAGUAAAGAGCGCAGAGUUUUCCUGUUCGAGCAGAUCAUCAUCUUCAGCGAACUGCUGCGUAAAGGCUCCAACAACCCUGGAUACCAGUUCAAGAACAGCAUCAAGGUGAGUUACCUGGCGAUGCAGGACAGCGUGGACGGUGAUCCCUGUAAGUUCGUGUUGUGGUCUCGCGGUUCGGCGGAGCGCUUCACGUUGCAGGCGUCCUCCGCCAGCAUCAAGAUGACCUGGGUGGAGACCAUCGCCGCCCUGCUGGACGCCCAGAACAACUUCCUGUCCGCUCUCCAGUCUCCCAUUGAGUACCAGAGGAAGGAGGGCGGGAUCUCCGUGACCCGCCCACUGUCGUCAGGGCGACCACCGUCUACCCCGCCUACGCCCAACGGGCACGCACCUCAGCCUCAACCUGACAGCGAGCAGGACGACCAGGAGCUGGUUAUGGUGCUGCAGGACUUCGUGGCGGUGCGGGAGGAUGAGAUCUCCGUGUUUCGGGGGGAGAAGGUUCAGAUUCUGGCGUGCAACCAGCAGGGUCAGAGUCUGGUUUAUCGGCCGGCCAACAGUGACUCGCCGGCCGCCGAGGGCUGGGUGCCACGCAGCGUGCUCAACACACACUGACACACACACACACACACACACUCACACACACACACAAAAACACACACACUGACAGCAGGGUCAGAGUCUGGUUUACUGUUAAUACAAACACACACACACUUAAAAUACUGCAAGCCAAUGGAGCCAAAGGCAUGUUUGGAAACUCUCUCAUGAUGGUAAUGUUUGCUCUGCAAGGGGUGGAGCCUCAAGAUGGUGAUGUCACCUCUACAUAUGACUACACUGAUCACGUUCUCCUAAUCUUUCCUGUGGCAUCACUACCUUUCAUUUGACCUGGCGACAUUGAAAACGAGUUUCCAGGCAGUAACGCCACACAGUCAAACAGGGAGUCGUUGCUUUUUUAAGUCCUUAUAAAAUAUAUGAGUAAGUAAGUAUUUCUGUCAAACUGAGGGUCAACAGGCUAAAACCAAAGGAAAUUUAAUUUGCAAUGAUAGAAAACAGACAAAAGCAACUUUUGAGAACAUGUUUGGACAUUUGACUGCUUUUUGUUUUGUCUGACUAACAGUCUAAAACCCUGAGUUUCCUGUGACCCUUCAGACUGAUCUUGUGACCCCUUGAUGGGUCCCCGACCCUUAUGUUGGGAACGAGACAGACAGAUGUCUCCAUCUUCAGGCUCCACCUUUACAACUGUGACGCUGCAUGUUUCCUGACACACUUUAGGCCCUGAUUGUUUGCCAGUGCUAAAACAUAAAUCACACACACACACACACACACACACACACACACACACACACACACACACACACACACACACACACACACACACACACACACACACACACACACACAGCAGCAGGUACUGUUAAUCUCCUCCUUCCCUCCUGGUGCUUCAACAUUCAGCCAAAACACUCCUCCUUCCUCCUCCGCCCUCACCUCGUCCAAUCAGACGCUGCCGUCAGGUCGGCCUCCAGUUUACUGCCCCGAGCAUCCGAUCGUCCCCUGAUGACAUCACAAACUGUUUCCUCUUGGUCAGCGGGAUGGAGAUCGCAUCACCACAUCUUCAUCACCAACAUCAACAGACUGGGACUCCAGGAAGCUGCCGUUGCCUAGCAACAAGAGACAAUUAAAAAAAAACGGGGAAAAAAAGUCUCCUGUAAGAGGUGAAAAGACCCGUCAGCCAAUCAGAACUCAGCUCUCUCUGCGUGUCAUCCUGUGAAUAGUGUGUAUAAACAGACUGAGGACACACACACACACACACUCCAUACACACACCACUGCUACAUACAGAUGAUGAAGAUGAAGAUGAAGAUUACUAUGAUGAUUAUGAUAAUUAAGAAUAAUAGAGUCUGUUUUUCACCUCAAUAGAGAAAAAAAAUGAGAUAAACUGUUUGUCAUAUAAAUGUUUGUUUGCGUGUGUGUGUGUGUGCGUGAGAGCGUGGGUGUGUGUGUGUUAGUGACACUGUCCUGUGUGUGUGUGUGUGUGUGUGUGUGUGUGUGUGUGUGUUUUCCGCGGACAGUUAGGUGGUGUCGCGGUGUAGCGUUGCCAUGACGAAUCGUUGUGUUUGCGGUGACACCCUUUUUUCGUCUUUUUAGGGAACCAGAGCUGUCCCCCCCCCCUUUAUCUACCCCCCCUUCCCCCAACGUUACCAUAGCAACCGGCAGUGAAGCCAACAUGGUGGUGUGUGCAGCUCUGGUUAGUUUGGAUAUUCUGAUUAUGCAUUUCUUGUUUCUGUAUAUAGACCAGACCUGAACUGCUACUCCACUAACUCUGGACACUGAACCUGUCUGUCUCUCUGUCCACCUGUCUGUCUGUCUGACUGUCUAACAGACAGACAGCAGCAGCUCAACCUACUGUGACUGUCUGUUUCUACUAAAACUAAAAACUGUAACCUUCAACACGCUCUCUACCUGUCUCUCUACCUGUCUCUCUCUCUACCUCUCUGUCUCUCUCUCUGUUUCUCUGGUGCCAUUCUCAGACAACACCCCGGUCCUUAAGGAGCUACGCGUCCUGUCAAGUGCACUACGGGGGGUUAGGGUGGGAAGUAGUGCACUAUGAAGGGUGUAGGGAGAGACAAAGCAAACUAUAAAGGAUUUAAGGUGGAACGCUGCCUUCAAAUGGAGCUCAUGAGGUUGUACCUUUGAAGCCAACAGGACGAUAUGCUUCGUUUUAAGGGCAACACACACUAGCAUCACAAGUCUCUCCUGUGUGUUAUCACGCAAGAUGGUACGCGUGGUUUGGUUGGAGGCCACUUAGCAGCUGAUAGAAAGCUCCAGAACAGCUACUAAAUGGACCACGCAGUAAGAUGGUUUAGUCAAAUUGAGUGUCUCCAGGGUCAAGAAUGCAACCUGAGAAGUCCUCAAGGUUGGCAGAGAAAUUCAUAUUUUAGCAGGUGCAGGUCCAUCACACUCCAUCUGCUGAUGAAGACUCUGUGAUUUGACUGAAAGUUCCACACGUAACAUCAUCAGAGAGGGCGGGUCCAGCAGCGUCCCCCGAAAAACUCAAUGAAUUCAGGUGAUGAAAAAGGAAGAUUUUCACAUUUUGAGAUGCAACAUCUUGGCAUGUACGGACAAAAAACAUCUUGCACGAUAACACACAUGAGAAACUACACAACACUGAUCCAGCUGGUGUGUCAUUGCAACUUCAUACGCCACCAUCCUAAACUGUGCUUUCAUUAAACACAUUUCCAUAUUUGCAGUUGCAAGCUGGCAGUAUAUUAUAACAGUCGCUAGGAAACAUGGCAACAAAUGACACAAUGUUAGUGUGUGUUGCACUUAUAUAAAGUUUAGUGCUGCAUUCAUGUCAUGUGGGAAUUUCUGUGAUUACCAUUUCCGGUCAUGUGAAGUGAGUUCACGUCGAGUUGUAAUUUUAAAAGCUCUGAUUUAACAAACUUGGCGCUAAAUAAUAUGGACGUGCAUGAAACAGCAAACAAACAUGGACACCUCAAGCUCAUGUUCAAGGUACAUAAAUACACAUUUAAUGGAUACGGUACUGUUUUAACCACGCACUGUUUUUAACUCUGCAAUCAUUCAACUCUUCCGUUGUCUGAUGACGUUCACAAUCAGAAGUCGUGAACAUGCGAAUCUUUGGAAUCCCACAGAACAUGAACACAGCAUUAGUCAGGUGACUAACACUAGAAAUGAACGCCACUUCGUUCAGGAACUGUUUUCAGGAAAGUUUAUGGUGUUCAAAACGCAACUUUGCAACUUGUGAACUCGGAGUGCACCACAGGUGGUUUAGGAUGGACUGCAGUGCACUACAAAGGGCACAAGAUGGUGACCGUGCACUUUGAAAGUCUUAAGGUGGAACGUAGUGCAUUAUGAAGAGUUUAAGGUGGAAUGUGGUGCACUAUGGAGGGUUUAAGAUAGAAGAUAGAUGGUGCACUCAGGAAGGUUUUAGGUUAAAAGUGGCACACUAUUAAGAGUUAAGAAUGGAAGGUAGUGCACUAAGGAGGGUUUAAAGUGGAAAAUAGCACACUAUCAAGGGUUUAAGAUGGGGAGUAGUGCACUAUACAGAAGAUGUAGCAUAGAAAGCAGUGCACUACGAAAGUUUAAAGGUGUAAAGUAGUGUACUAUGGCAGGUUAAGGGUGGAAAAUAGUACACUACAGAGGGCGUAGGGUGCUGUUUGAGACCUAGCCUUGUUGCCGAUUGGCAAACUCAACUAACCAAUCAAACAGUGUUAUUUGUACAGAACUAACAGCUGCUAACUGACUGCUAACAGCUCUCUGUUGUUGUUUGUAAUAAACUUCAUUUUUCAUCCAAA